GACAAAAAUUAAGAAAAUACAAUCCUUUCCUUUUACUCAUAUAUAUACCCUGUAUAUAUAUGGUCCUUGGUUCAAAAAUACUGAGCGGUUUAGUCGCGACCGUGCUAAGAUUUCUCACCGGCCGACGCAUCCAUCGCCCCCGUCUCCCCGGUCCCCGCGCCGCCGUCCAGCUCGACCUCUCGCCACCGCGGAAGCGACGGUGGGCCUCCAGACCCAGCCGCGGCGCUCGCUCGCUCGCCGGCGUCUACGCCUGGCCGGGACAUCGAGGGCCGGUGUUGUCGCCGCUGAUGGGAGCUCCUGCUUCCGGUCUUCCCCGUGAUCUCCGAUGACCAUGCCGGCCGCCCUGCCCUAGCUCGUAUUAAUUGGAGCAGAUAAGUGGCAGCAUGGCCAUGGGCGCCGGGAGCAAGCAGCCAAGACCAUUAGCCAUCCGCUGGUACACGGCGAACCGCCGUUCCUUCACUCUGGUAGCGUGGUGCCUGGCGGCAUUGGUCGUGCUUAUUAUCUUCCACCUCAUGAUCACCCAUAAGGAGGAGCAGACUGUGAGAGGGCUGGAGGAGGUGGAGGAGGAAGCUUUCCCGGUGAAGCUGGCCCGGAGCUGGAGGAAUCCACCGGCUGCGCGGCGCAAGUGGGAGCACAGGACGCUGCCCGUGGUCGACGAGUUCUUGGUAGAGUCUUCUGCGGUGCAUCGUACCUUCUUCCCGGAAGGGAAGGUGGCCGUGGAUCCGGUCAAUGGUGGGAGUGACCGCAGGCACUUCUACUACCCGGGGAGGGUUUGGCUCGACACUGAUGGGAAGCCGAUCCAAGCUCAUGGCGGCGGUGUGAUGUACGAUGAGAAAACCGAGACUUAUUUCUGGUAUGGAGAGAAUAAGGAUGGCAAAACCUACAAAGUUUACACCAAGGGACCUGAUCGGAUUGACAUUAUUGGAGUAAGUUGCUAUUCUUCGAAGGACCUCUGGUCUUGGACAAAUGAGGGGGUUGUCCUCCAUGGUGAGGAAAAUAAUGUGUUGCAUGACCUCCACAAAUCCAAUGUCCUCGAGAGGCCCAAGGUGAUCUACAACGACAGGACCGGCAAAUACGUGAUGUGGAUGCACAUAGACGAUUCGAACUACACCAAAUCGUCGAUCGGCGUGGCGACGAGUGCUUCUCCCACAGGACCAUUCACUUACCUCUACAGCAAGCGCCCACACAACUGCGAAAGCAGAGACAUGACCAUAUUCAAGGAUGAUGACGGGAAGGCCUACCUGAUCUACUCAUCCAAGGGCAACAGCGAGCUCCACAUUGCCCGGUUAACCGACGACUACCUCGACGUGACCGACAACAUGCAAAGGAUCCUCGUCGCGAAGUAUCGAGAAGCCCCCGCGCUCUUCAAGUUCGGCCGCACUUACUACAUGAUAACCUCGGGUUGCACCGGCUGGGCACCGAACACUGCAAAGGCUCAUGCCGCGACAUCGAUCAUGGGGCCUUGGGAGACGCUCGGCAAUCCUUUCGUGGGAGGCAACGAGAUAUACAGAUCGACAACGUUCUUCUCCCAGGGUACAUUCGUGUUGCCGGUUGCGGGGUUGCCGGGUCUGUUCAUCUUCAUGGCUGACCGGUGGAAGCCGUCCGAUCUGAGGGAUUCGAGGUACGUGUGGCUGCCUUUGACGGUAGGCGGACGGCCUGAUGAGGCUGCGGAUUACAGCUACAUGUUCCCGCGCUGGUCCAAGGUGUCGAUUUACUGGCACAAAAUGUGGCGCCUUCCUGAGCUAAGUUACCGAGCGACUUAGCCGUGCAUGCAUGCAUAUCUGCUCUCCAUUGCAGAUCAACUGUAUGAGAUGAAAUAAAGGCAAAGAAACAAGAUUGCAUGUUUUUGGAAA